GCUAUGGGUAUCCUUGCCCUGAUUUCGUGGGUCUCGUCGUUCGCUCUGCUGUCUUUCCUUACCUACCGAUUCAUUUUCUGGCAACGAUACUAUAAACGCCCCCUCGCCGAGAACCAAUAUGUCGUCUUGAUUUACAACCUUCUUUUGGUCGAUCUUCAGCAAGCCUCAGCGUUCUUGAUCUGUCUUCAUUGGGUUACCAGAGACUCCGUCAACUUCCCUAGUGCGGCAUGCGUUUUGCAAGGAUGGUGGAUUCAAAUUGCAGACCCUGGAAGUGGUCUUUUCGUCUUGGCCAUUGCUGUCCACACAGCUGACGUUGUGUUGCGUGGUCGACAACUGCCCUUUAAGGGUUUCGUUGCUUGUGUCUGUGGACUGUGGGCGUUCAUCAUUAUGCUUGGUUUGAUUCCCGUCGGCAUGUUCACUUCGAAUACUUUUGUCGUCUCCGAAGCCGGAUGGUGCUGGCUGAGUCAAGAGUACGAAACCGAACGUCUCUGGGUUCAUUAUCUCUGGAUUUUCAUUUCGGAAUUCGGAACAGUCGUGCUGUACGGUUUCCUGUUCAUCUACCUUCGUCGCCGAAUGAAGCAGGCCUCGAUGCUGCGCCAACAACACCAAGACAACCUGAAGCGCCUGAACCGUGUCGUCGUGUACAUGGUUAUUUACCCGUUUGUGUACGUGGUUUUGUCUCUUCCACUCGCCGCUGGUCGUAUGGCCACAGCACGACAUGUCGCUCCCAGCAAAACUUAUUUCGCCGUCGCCGGUUCCCUGAUGGCCCUUUCGGGAUUCAUGGAUGUAGCAGUGUAUACCUUGACCCGUCGUCACUUGCUGAUCGAAACCGACGAGAGUGCCAACGACAACGCCUACGUUUACACCGACCCGAAAGGAUUCCAGACGCACAUCAGUACGACCGGCGGGAAGGAGAAGAAGUUCCGUGUCGGAAACAAGAUGCGCCGUGGUCUGCAGACCGUGGAGAGUGCCAACGACACCGUCAACGACGACCGCGACGACUCCACCGAAGAUAUCAUGCGCAAGGGCGAUAUGGAAAUGAACAACCUUGCCCACGGUGGUGUGUACCAGGAGACCACCAUUGAGAUUUCGUCCGAACCCGUGGAACCAGCAGACCAGUUGAAGCAGCAGCAGCAGCAUCGACUUCCUUGAAUAAUUUCCUUCAACUCUCGCCAUCUCUAUCUCCAUUACGUUCCCUAUACCCGAUUUACUUUCUUUCCCUUUACUGUUUCCUUGGUCCAAGCAGUACCAAGUACGGUGUAUCUGUUCUGUGAAGAAAAUCGAAUGUCCAUUUCGAUACGUUGUGAGGCUUCUUUCUACUCCAUACCCUUCUCUUGUUUCUUUCUUUUUUUCUACGGCUUUUUCGUUCUUUGUAUUUUGCUUUAUGUGUUAUGAUGAUGGGUUCCCAAUCCGUUGAGCCGCGCAGAAAUGUAUAUAGUGUAUGUACCAGCCCUCGGCAGCUCAGCUUGAUCCUUUCCGCUUCUCUCGCUGUACUUUCCUAAUGUUUAAUCUCGUUCAAUUUCCU